AUGCUCUCUGUUAUUGAAAUCAAAAUGCGAAAAUCCAACAAAAAUUGUUGUGACUUCCAUAUUGUCUUUGAUGAGAUAGAAGUUGUUCCAUGUGUAUUAGAGAUUGCAAUUUUUCAAGUACUGGCACUUCAAGUUGACUAUCGACUCGGAACUGUAUAUGAUGCAGUUUACACCAUUAUUGAAAGCCGCCAUCUGGCAAAAUAG